CCGCCUUUGACAAGCCGGGAGCGAAAUAUGACGAAUCUGCGUGUGGCUAUUUCGGGCUGUUGUCAGAUGGAUUGCCAGAACUCGUCAGGCCAAAGGCGAGGUGAGGCAUACCAUUUUCGACCGUCCGAGGAACAAAAUGGAAUUUAUAUUGGAGGGAUUAUGAUGUUAUAUAUAGCAAGCGUAAGGAAGCUCUGGAUAUUGAGUGAGUGUGUAGAUGACACAAUCGCGAAGACGUUUUACUCCGAAUAUAUACGCAGUAUUAGCACAAGUGUCUCAUCAUCGAAUGACGAAAAUGUAACCUUGCCGCUCAGGUUGAGGUUCCGUGUAUAUUCAAAAACACAUAACCAAAAGUUCAUCAUUUGAUCUUGUCCCCUUUAACUGCUCUGUAUCAUCAAGUUGCCGAUACUCAUCACCACAUUCCACCUGUGCCUCAGCGUAGCUUGCUAUCGUCUCCAAGUUAACUACAUGGCUCUCUCAUUAAGGAACAGGUAAACUCCGCAUACCCGCUCAGUAUCCAACUCUACUUCGACGAGGUAUCUCAUCUUUCAUAAUCUAUCAUUUUUCGCCCGCGAGGAACAUGCGCCAUUCCCUGUUUCUGCUCCAGCUGUUGGCGGAGUUAAACCGAGCUGCAGACAUUGUGUUUCCUCCAGUUGCAGCCAUUCAUGGCUCCGCGUCACAAGCACCGCUUGGACUGGAGAAUACCAUCGAUAUUGUGUCUGGCAGUCAGUUCUCCGGGCUGAUGACCUUCGCAAAUGUACCAUAUGUCAAUUGCUUUGUGGAUAGCGAAGCAGAGAAGCAACGAUAUGAUAUUGCGUUUAUGGGUGCCCCUUUUGAUACGGGUGUAACUGCUCGUCCUGGUGCGAGAUUUGGUCCGGGAGGAAUCCGCCGGGGUUCUCAGCGCAUUAGACCAGAUGGUGCCUGGAGUAUCUACACUGGAGAAAAUGUCUUCCAGAGUUGGGCAAGCAUUGUUGAUUGCGGAGACGUUCCUUUGACUUUCUUGGAUAAUACCGUCGCUUUGAAGCAACUUGACAAGGCGCAUAAGGUGGUUUCAUCCCGACCCGCCAAUGCGUCUGAUGUUACGAGGGUCCCUCGCAUCAUCACCCUCGGUGGUGACCACACGACAACACUGCCAGCGUUACGAUCAACAUAUAAGCAUUGGGGCCCAGUCGCCGUCAUUCAUUUUGACAGUCAUAUCGACACAUGGGACCCUUCUGUGUUAGGUGGCGGCAUUUCAAAUUAUGCAGGUGUCAAUCACGGCACAUUCCUUCAUAUCGCCCAUGAGGAGGGCCUCGUCCUCAACUCAUCCUCCAUACAUGUCGGCAUUCGCGCGCCCGUCGUGCGGCCCAAAACAGACAUAGAAAAUGAUAUCCGGUGCGGUUUCGACAUCAUCACAGCCCGCGACAUUGACCACAUCGGCACAAGUGGCAUAGUGGAGAAGAUUAAAAAGCGCGUCGGGAAUAACAAGGCUUACAUAAGUGUUGAUAUUGACGUUUUGGACCCGGCAUUCGCACCUGCAACGGGAACCUCGGAGCCUGGGGGAUUCAGUACCCGUGAACUUCUCACAAUCCUCGAUGCACUUGUAGAGAGCGAAAUCCAGGUCGUCGGCGCCGAUGUUGUUGAAGUUGCACCCAUCUAUGAUACGGCUGGUGAAUCAACGGUACUUGCAGCAGCAGAAGUGGCGCAUUCGUUGUUGGCACUGAUAGUUCGCGGACCGGUUUAAUAGGUACUGUCCUAAGGGGAAGGAAUAAUGGAGAUGAGUUAGUGGUCUGGUGUAAUAUGUGAAUGGUCAAGGGAAACGGUGUCGUGCCGUGCUGGAGCGAAAACCGACGGGUGAGCUGAAACAUUGCUUGGCAUAGUCUGAACCCCCUGUUUCAAUAUUUAGGUGAUUGGAUAUGUAAUAAAGAGCUCUGCUCCUUCAUUUCUUUCCAUGUUCGUGUAUAUGAUACUUGCCGGACUUCUGGUAUGAAUGCAUGUGCUAAAGACUAUAUCGUCACGUAAUUUUUUUUGCCUCCUCGACUGAAUCAGUAGUCCACCAUACCUGAUGAGGGGGUUGGGCAGCAUUAGCAAGAGAUUUCGAACUCAGAAUGUAGUCAGGUAGUUAAGCCAGGGACAUCUGCGUUAAGCUUCGCGUAGUGAACCACUUGACGGAGUGGUUUAUAGAAUUCCUCUUGUUUUGAGUGAUCGU